GCGCUCUGUGUGGCUGAUAGCACCUGUGGCGGUGCUGCACUUACAUGGGUGGAAGAUCCAGCGGGUCAAGUGACAGGGGAGUGCCUCUGUACCACGAGCUUGAUUUGAGUUGCCACAGACAACCGCGCUACUGAGUUUAUCAUUGCGUCAAGGGUCUCACCCGUGCCCGUCAUCAACAAUUCGCCUGUCAACCCAGAGACAAGCCCUUUUCACACGAUCCAUUCCCCCACUGCGACUAAAAUUUGCUCCUUUUUGCAGUUUGUUCUUGUGAAGACGAAACUUGAUCAAUUUUCUCUUGUCUUCAUCGUCACCUAAAGCCAUCGUGGAAGAUCAGGAGUGUUGCGUGGCCCUUCUUUGUUGUUCUCCUCCCACCUACAUCAAGCUCUAGCUCAAGGCAUAGGCGGUCUCGUAACUGCGGCCUGAACACCAUCCCGCAUCGUCAUCCUCGUUUAUGCUCCCAAACUCUUUUCGCUUAUCGCGCACUUCCUUGAUCGCGACUGCCGCCAUGGCCGACAUGGAGGACUACCUCGAAGAAGGUUUUGACCCACGUUCGGUCACUAUCCCGCGUCUGCGAUCGAUUCUCGUCACGCAUAAUGUUGAGUACCCCGCGACUGCCAAAAAGGCCCAGCUCGUCGAGCUGGUUGAAGAUCAUGUACUGGCUCAGGCGCCAAAGCUGCGGGCUCAGCGCGCCCGAGCUAAGAGAUCAAGCAUGGGAAUCGUGAAUGCCGGCAGUCCGGAAGAUAACGGUACCUGGGACGACUACGAUCUCCCACCUCCGUCGACUACCAAGAGGCGUUCGAAGUCUCCUCGAAAGUCGUCGGCACGUGUUAAGGCUGAGGAUGAUGUCCUAGCGACUCCUGCGCCCAGGAGUCCUACCAAACGCAGCACACGGUCAGUAAGCCGUGCGCUUUCUCACGCUGACGACCACGACAACUACGAUGCCCCUCGUUCCAUUCGCCAACCGAGGAGAACAGUCACGCCACAGAUCAAAGACGAACCACAAGAAGAAGAAACAAUCCUGCCCGACCACGAAGAAAGCGUGUUCACUCACGACAACCCUUUUCAGAGUGGCAGUUCGCCUGCUCAACAUAAAACCCCAACUAAUCGCCGCCGUACAACUGCCGGCGACUCUAUCAGAAGUGUAAAGUCAUCGUCCCGGCGCAGGAUAGACGGCUACAAGGACGAUUAUGAAGAAGAUGUUGAGCCUACUCCCAGAUACCGCGAGCCGACUCCGGAUUUACUGGAACCUGGCGAGGAGUUCACCCCCAACGAGCAAUUAGAGUUGGAGCAAGCUGCAAGUCGGGGUGAAAUGGAGAUUGAGCCUCGCAAGCCUUCUCAACAGGUGUCUCGAAGAGGUGGUUUUAAGGCGCCUCUCUUUGUCCUCUUGAUGUCUCUUUUCGGAGCUUAUCUUGCGUGGUAUCGUCAAGAGAAAAUCGCGGUCGGCUAUUGCGAAGUCGGUGGUCAAGCAAAGUCACUUAUUUCACCAGACAUUCCUGUUCCCGACGCUCUUGUUCCUUUCAUUGAGCCUCAGUGCGAGCCUUGCCCUUCGCACGCAUACUGUUACCAGGACUUUUCGGUUCGUUGCGAGAAUGGAUUCAUUCUCAAGCCGCACCCAUUGUCCCUCGGUGGGCUAGUGCCACUUCCACCUACUUGUGAGCCGGAUGGCGAGAAAGCGCGCCGCGUCAAAGCUGUAGCUGACAGAGCUAUUGAAGAGCUCAGAGAUCGCCGAGCUCAGUAUGAGUGCGGAGAGCUUGUUGGUGAGGAUGGCAAGAAAGAGGAUUCUCCUGCGAUGGCUGAACACGAGCUUAAGGCGACCGUGAGCCGCAAGAGGUCCAAGAGACUCAAUGAGGAGGAGUUUGAUGAACUGUGGGCUGCCGCCAUUGGCGAGGUCGCAGCUAGAGAUGAGGUCGAGAUCAUUGAGACAGCACCAUCCACCAUUGACCCUACAGAUCGUCCAAUUCCUCCGAUCUUUCAGACAGAUGGCUAUCGUCCUCGUCUCUCGCUCGCCUUCCGUACACCUGCACGAUCAAACGAUCAAUCCGACUCGGCCUGGCAAGAUAUCGAUUCCCAGCUGGACUUUUGAGCGUUUUAAUUCUCGUUAUUUUCUACUUGCGAGCCCGAUAUCGGAAGCAUGUAGCUACAACUGCUCAAAUUCCUACUCUCGUCGACCUAGUACUGGGUAGACUUGCCAAUCAGAAGGAGCUAGGUGAAGAAGGCAUCGAUGAUCCUUGGCUGUUUUUACCGAACCUGAGAGAUGACGUCCUCCGGGCUAUUCACUCAUUGUCUGAGCGAGAACGCAUCUGGCAGCGGGUUCGAGCUGUUGUAGAACAAAACAGCAAUGUUCGAACCAGUCAGCGCGAAGGAAGAAGCGGCGAGGUAGGCCGCGCUUGGGAGUGGAUUGGCCCUGUUGCGGGUGACGGUGCAAGGAGGCGACGGAGCGGCCGGGUAUCACUCGGUCCUAACUCUCAAUUAGAGUCGCCAGAGCCAACAAAGGCAACCCCUGAAGUAAAAAAGUGGGAGGAAUCGAGACCGAUCUACUAAUAUUCACGUUAAAUAUUUCCCGUCAAGUUUCCUGCUUUACGCAUUUCUUAAUCACUAUUUCCUAAAUGUUUGAUGAAAAGGGGUGGUUUUCUUGGACAAAGAUAUUAGGAAGCAUAGAGCAUAUGCCUUUGGAAUUGGCGUUGGAGGUUGCUGGUCUUUUCCAUGUAUGAUUAAUCAUGUGUAGAUGCACGAUAGUUUCAGAACAACCCAUAUUCAUCAAAGAGCCUCGAGUAAUGAUGAAGCAUUAUGACCAAAUGGGACGAUUUGCGACAGACUGCAAAAAUGUACGGCGGGCAUUUGUUGAAAUGAUUCACUAAGAAAGACGAAGUCGUUGUGCUGAAAUGUUUUGUUUUGGACA